AUUCAUCCAUUUCAGCGGUUAUCAAAGGUCCAAAUAGUAUCAACGGGGAUUCUUCUUUCUUAACUCUUAAGAAUCAUCGGAUACGCUACAAAAUACAAUAGCCGAAACGUGCCGCUCUAGCUUUUAUUUUUUGAACUACAUACAGCCACAGGAGACAGGAGCAGAAUCGUUCGUCCGGACGUCUAGACUCUUUAGGGAAAGCCGAGAAACCUCGCUUGGGGUUUCUCAAAUCACAGUUUCACUCCUUUUUCUCAUCUUUCGAACUGCCUGUUAGGCUCCUAAAGUUUCAUAUUUCCCGCUCACUAUGCCUGCUGAAGGGGAGAAGCCUGUGAAAAAGGAGGAGGUGGAAGACGAAGAUGAGAUGAGUCUCAGUUCUUUUGUUAAAGACAAGAAGAAGAAACCCGUCUCUGGCAGCACGGAAGCUCGCGUGAAGACGACGAAAGUAAAGAAAGAAGAACCCAAAGAAGACGAUGACGAUAGACUCCCCAUCAAAAAGAAUUUGAAGAAGGCUGACAAGGAUAAGAAAAAGAAGAAGAAAAAGAAGAAGGAAGAAGUAGAGAAGAAAGUGGCCGCUUCCCAAGAAAACGGAAAGAAGAAGGAGAAGAAAGUCUUUGAUUUGCCUGGUCAGAGGCGUGAGACACCUGAGGAAAGAGACCCAUUAAGGAUUUUCUAUGAAAGUCUGUAUCAACAGAUACCUAAUAGCGAAAUGGCAGCUUUCUGGAUGAUGGAGUCUGGCUUGCUGCCUCUGGAGGUGGCAAAGAAGGUUUAUGAGAAGAAACUCAAGAGAAACCAGCUUCAGAAGCUUGGCUCGCCAGUGAAAACUGUUGCAUUAGUAAAGAAAACCACGAAGUCCGUCACUGUCAAGAAAAAAGCACCCCCGCCGGCUUCCUCAGCAAAAAAGAAGACACCUGAACCCAAAAGUGUGUCAAAGAAGCGGAAGAGUGGAGAUAUCAGCUCCGAGAAUGAAUCGAGUGACGACGACUUCGUUCUGAGCAAGAAAAAGACGAAAAAGCAAAGAGCUAAUUGAUCGGGACGAUGGAUCCAUAAUCGCACAUGUUUCAUUCUCCCUCAUUGUCUCUGAUUAAUUGGUUUAGUAUUUUGGUAUUCCCGCGUACCUUGAUCGCUUGUUGUCACAGUAGUAAUAGUAAUGGUAGUAGUAUUACUUGUUACUGCCCCCCAUUUAAAUAUUUUUCGGGCCUUUGGAAGGUCCAGCAGA